UCCCACCCAAGAAACAAAGCCAUAGAACCUGCUACUAAACCAACGAAAAUGGAAUUCAUGGGGUUCAAAUUAAUAGCAAUCUUGGGAUUCAUAGGUUAUGCCGUUUACUGGCUUUAUGCGAUGCUUGAUUUGUACUGGUUCAGACCUAAGAAGCUUGAGAAAUGUCUUAGGAAGCAAGGUUUCAAAGGGAACCCCUACAGGCUAUUUCGAGGAGACCUCUAUGAAAGUGCAAAAUUACUCAGAGAUGCUCAUUCCAAGCCUAUUCAGCUUGGAGACAAUAUCGUAAAACGCAUGAUGCCCGAAGUCUACAAUUCUGUCCAAACUCAUGGAAAAAAUUCCUUCUUGUGGAUUGGAAGAUUCCCCAAGGUAACCGUGACAGAUCCAACACUAGCCAAAGACGCCUUGGUUAGACACGCGACAUUUCACAAGAGUUUUCACGAUCUUGAUCCACUCAUCCACAUCCUUUUCGGUGGAAUGGGCGCUGUAGAGGGGGAAGAAUGGGCCAAGUAUAGAAAGAUCACCAACCCUGCCUUCACUUUGGAAAAGUUAAAGAGCAUGUUACCACUAUUUCAAUCGAGCUGCAUCGAUGCGGUUAACAAAUGGGCUAGUGUGAUUCCUGAGGGGGGUGCAGGAGAGGUGGACGUGUGGCCUGGAGCUGAAUCCAUUUCAGCAACUGCAAUUUCAACAUCAUUAUUUGGGAUUGGCGGCGAAGAAGGGAAAAAAAUUGUCGAGCUUCUGAAAGAACUUGCCAAUCAUACAUGGGAAAAAGUAAAGUCGGUUUACUUUCCAGGAAAGAGGUUUCUGCCAACUAAGAGCAAUCUCAGGAUGAGAGCAUUAGACAGAGAAUUAAGAGUUAAGAUUACAGACAUCAUCAAUAGAAAGUUGCAGGCAAUGCAGGCGGGAGAAUCUGGUGGUGCUGACUUCGUGGGGCUAUUGUUGGAAUCCAAUCUUAAUGAGAUCAAGCUGCAGGGCAACCAAAAAAGUGCAGGAUUGAGCAUUGAAGAUAUCUAUGCUGUGUGCAAACUGUUCUAUUGGGCAGGGCAGGACACCAGCUCAACUUUGGUCCUCUGGACCCUCGUCCUCUUGAGUAAGCACACUGAGUGGCAGGACCGUGCAAGAGAAGAAGUUCUCCAAGUUUUUGGGGACAAAAUGCCGGACUAUGAUGGUAUAAACCACCUGAAAAUUGUAUCUAUGAUCUUGAACGAGGUUCUACGGUUGUAUCCCCCACUAUCUGAGCUCUCCAAAGUGGCUUCAGAAGAUACACAACUUGGGAAGUAUUUGAUUCCAGCUGGAGUACAGGUCAUGAUGCCACAAAUUCUGCUCCAUUAUGACCCUGAAUUAUGGGGUGAUGAUGUCUUGGAAUUCAAACCAGAGAGAUUUUCUGAAGGGAUUAUGAAGGCAACGAAAAUCCAGGGUGCUUAUUUUCCCUUCAGCUUCGGGCCAAGGAUGUGCAUUGGGAAUAACUUUGCACUGUACUCGAUAAAAAUGGCUAUCGCAAUAAUUCUACGUACCCUUUCCUUAGAGCUCUCUCCGUCUUAUGUCCAUGCCCCGAUUAGACGGGUCACCUUGCAGCCUCAAUAUGGGGCUCAUUUAAUCUUGCGCAGGCUCUAGAAUCAUAAUCAAGAUGGCCAUGCAGUAAUAUUACUAUCGUAGCUUUGAACAAGCUACAGCUUUAAGCUAGACUGGAUAAAAGCAAGCAAACUGUUCUGUGCUUGUUAGGAAAUAAAUUUUAUUUGCACUGUUGGACUUCGGUUUGCAUGACAAUAAUUACAUCAGUCUGUUCUGUGAUA